GAGAGAAAGAGAUGGAAAGGGUCGAGGGGGAGCUAGAGAGAGAGAGAGGAGUUUAAACUAAGAGCUAUGUUUUGGGACGGAGUAAUCUGCUAGAGAGCAGUGUGUGGAUCGGAGCGCAUUGUGCGAGUGAGUGUGCGGGGGACAGAUAAGGAAAGAAGCCCGCCAGACCGGCUGCUUGUUUUAAUGUGCUGACUCUGGGGAGAUAAAAAAAAAAAUAUUGACUCUUCAGUUGUGUGCCGUGAGCCAGGGCACGAGCUGCACAUUUAACCGAGGUGCACCAAAAACAGGGCGUGAAAGCGGACAAAACACAUCCAAGCAAAACAGUCCAUUUAGAGGAUUUUUUUUCCCUCCCUUUCUCCUUUUUUUUAAAAAUCCGUUUCCUUUUUCUUUCGCUGGGACCGUUCCCCAUUUCCGGUAGAGACAGUGAAAAAGGAAGGGAGACUUCCAUUGACGGACAGCCACUAGAGCAAGUACACAGAGGCGAGAGGACAAAAAAGAAACAGUCGCUGAUAACCAAGAUGUUCGAAAUCAGCCGAACCCUGAACGCCGCUUUGUUGAGCAAUGAGUAUCUGAAGAUGAUGGUAAGGUACUCCCAGUACUCGGCACUAGCCCAGGCUGAAGGCUCCGUCCCAGGCAUGGGCUCCCUGCUUUUACCCCACGAUCCAUCCAACCAGCCGGGGGCCAGGUCACUGGGGGGAUCGACAGAGACUCAGUGGCGUCAGGCAGACUUGCCGCAGCUCCAGGGCUGGGCUGACAAGGGACUGCUGACACAGCCAAAGAUGAUAAUCAGUAACAUGGAGCCUCAGGUGACGAAUGGGCCGAACCCGGCCACAGCCAACGGGCCAUCGAGCAACAACCGCAGUUGCCCGUCGCCCAUGCAGACCAGCAGCUCCAACGACGACAGCAAGACCAACCUCAUCGUCAACUACCUGCCCCAGAACAUGACCCAGGAGGAGUUCCGCAGCCUUUUCGGCAGCAUCGGCGAGAUCGAGUCCUGCAAGCUGGUCCGCGACAAAAUCACAGGACAGAGUCUUGGAUAUGGAUUUGUCAACUACAUUGACCCAAAGGAUGCAGAGAAAGCCAUCAACACAUUAAAUGGACUCAGACUUCAAACCAAAACUAUCAAGGUGUCAUAUGCACGGCCCAGUUCAGCCUCUAUCCGUGAUGCUAACCUGUACGUGAGUGGGCUGCCUAAGACCAUGACCCAGAAAGAGCUGGAACAACUUUUCUCCCAGUAUGGACGAAUUAUCACCUCCCGUAUCCUCGUCGACCAGGUCACAGGUGGUUCGCGUGGUGUAGGCUUCAUUCGCUUUGAUAAGAGAAUAGAAGCUGAGGAGGCCAUCAAGGGCCUGAACGGACAGAAGCCCUCCGGUGCAGCUGAGCCCAUCACGGUGAAAUUCGCCAACAACCCGAGCCAAAAGACAAGCCAGGCCUUGCUCUCACAGCUCUACCAGUCCCCCAACCGCCGCUAUCCUGGGCCCCUGCACCACCAAGCCCAGAGGUUCAGGCUGGACAAUUUGCUUAAUAUGGCCUAUGGCGUUAAGAGGUUCUCUCCCAUCACCAUAGAUAGCAUGACCAGUCUAGUAGGGAUGAACAUUCCCGGGCACACCGGCACUGGCUGGUGCAUCUUCGUCUAUAACCUGUCUCCAGACUCAGACGAAAGUGUGCUGUGGCAGCUGUUUGGGCCGUUCGGUGCCGUCAACAAUGUCAAGGUGAUCCGAGACUUCAACACCAACAAGUGCAAAGGGUUCGGCUUCGUCACCAUGACGAACUACGACGAGGCGGCAAUGGCUAUCGCGAGUCUGAAUGGGUACCGGCUGGGCGACCGCGUGCUGCAGGUCUCCUUCAAGACCAACAAGACCCACAAGUCCUGAACUCCCUCCCCACUGUCGUGUAGCCCCGUCAAACACACCACUACUAACACCCACCUCAGCCCACACAGCUAGUCUACAACAGACAGGAACACAACCAAUCCACCAACUAAACAGGACUGGAUAUGGCUUAUAACAUAACUUUGGACCUAUAAGCCAAUGUUGCCUAAGUAUUACGAAAUUGAAAAUGGAAAAUAUUAAUGAUUUGGAAGACCUGUAAAUGGUACAGGCAUUCUGUUGUAUAUCCUUUCGGUUCUAGUGGUUGUUCCUUUGAUUUCUCCUCUCUGUAAACAGUAGCAAAACCAGACCGCCCUUAUUUGAAAGAAGAGAAUGCCUUUCUUCUGAUUGUACUCUCUUGAUUCAGGUUUUCCUUUUGUUCUCUUUUAAAUCCGGAUCCACUGUCGUUAGUAUAACACCUCCCUGGGAAGAGAACGGGAGGGGGCUCUUUUUAACAAAUCGGUGAUCAUUCAUUCAUUUGUUUUGGUGUAUAUUAUUAAAUCCCCCAAGUAAAUUAACAGGGAUGACACCAUCCCUUUUCUCUAACGGAAAAGAAAUUUCUAACAUUGUUUUGUUUUGUACUGCAAACAGAACACGUCUUUCCUCACGAGGGAUUGGGAGAUAGGGAGAGGGAAGGGAUGGGUUUGCACUCCUGUUGACAAAACAACACACACGCACACACACACACACACACACACACACACACACACACACACACACACACUGUUGCCAAAGAGAAGAUCUCUUUGCUUGAAAAUGUGUUUAGAAAAAAAAAAUUUAAAAAUAAAGAGAAAGAAGAUCUAUUUUUAUAAAUAAUGAUUAAAAUAAUAAUUAUUGAAGAAUUUUUACAUGAAUCUGGAUUUGAAAAAAAGAGAAAAAUAUUUUGACUGGCUAAUUAGGGGUUGGGGGAGGGGUCAGGUGCCACCUUGUCUUGUUCGUUCUGCCGUGGUACUUUUUAGGAUCAAAGGUUGUUUGUUUUUCGGGGAGAACCAGAUUGGCAAUGGUUUUGUAGACGGAUGGUUUUAUCAAGGAUUGCAAAUUCAGGCAGGUAAUUUUUCAUAGCACGUAAUUGUUCAACAGCGAUCCCCUGUAGGCGAGGGAUAGGGUCUUCCCAGGCCUGAGGCAUCCUCACAGUCAAGAGCCCAAAGCAAGGCCACGCAUUGUCCACUCAUUUUCUUUCCAUCGUCAGUCUUUGGGAUAUCAGUAAUACAUGCACACACUUCUCCAUUUAGGAAACAUAACAUUCUUAUGGUUCUGUUCGUGAUAUUGCAUUCGAGAUGUAAUUCCUUUAGCGAUCGACUGUAGGUGCUAUAUUACAUGGGUCACAUAUCUUAAAUAUCCAAGUUUGUUGUUCUGUGUGCUAUUUAGAGAACAAAAAAGAAACUUCAAUGUUGGCAUUAAAUUGAGCUGCUGUUUUCGGUUUGUUUACUUCAAUUGCCGGCCCCCAUCUGGUUCACAACAUUGACGCCAGAUGAGCAAAUCUGGGCCUUGUAAGAAUCACUUAACAAGUUUUCUUUGGCUUGCUGACAUAUAGGUUACUUGCUGAGUGUACAGCGUUUGUCAAAAUUAAAUGAUAAUUAGCUAGUUUUGUUAGUCUAGUAUUUGUUUCCUCAAAGGAUCUAUUACAAAUGUGUCUUUCUUUGUUGUGUACAAAUAGAUGAUAUAUAGUCUACAUUUGUUUUACAAUAUCUAUAUCUAUCUGAGUUGUCACUGUUUUUUGUUCGAGCUUGUCUUUUUUCAUAUGAAAACUUUAUGAAGUGAUGGUUCAGUUACUUAGAAAACUCGUGAGGAAUCCUGUUUAAUAUGUUGUCAUGUCGCUUGUGGAAAAAAAAAGAAAAAUUGGACUCAUUUUUUUUUUUUUUUUUGUUUACCGCCGCGGCAAAAGAAACCUUAAAAAAAAAAAAAAAAAAAACGCUUCUUGGAAAUAUGUAUUUAUUUAUUGAUUGAUUGAUUGAUUGUUUUUUGAUUACAUUAUUUAUUUAUCUUGAUUAUUUAUUUAUUUAUUUGUUGUUAUGUUGUCUGUGUUUUUGUGUGAUUCUGGUACAGGGAGGGGGUGUUUCUGAGCUAAAGGGAACAAACGACUAGGGGAGACGCUCUUCCAUUAGUCCUGUGCACUGAGAAAUUUUAGUACGUUUGUGCUUUGUACCAAUAUAUCAAAAUUACAAUAUAAAAAAGUUUAAAAGUCAAAAACGAAAAAAAUGUCAAGAGGGUGAGGCUCUUCCCUUAUUACUAGAAACAGUUACUCGCUAUGCAUAACCUAGUCAAUAGUUAAAUUUGCUAUUGCUUUUUUCUUGUCUUGUUAAACAUAAAUCUUUAAAUCUUUUUCAAUAAAGUUUAGUCUUAAUAGAAUGUUAUAACAGUUGUUCUGGUUCAAUAUAACCUGUGAUAAGUUUGUGUAGUUUUAAAAGCCGCUUCCCGCCCUCCCUCCACACACUACCGUUGCUUUGUGAUCCAACUUUAUGCAAAAAUGUGGGUCUUAAACAUAGUUUCUCAUGGAUUUGUAUGGCAUCCAAUGUUUUAGGCUCAGCUGCCUUGAUUUGAUUAAUUAUAUGGUAUGUCAAUUGUUUGAGUAUUAUUCAUUGCAUUGGACCAAUCAGUGGAGAUUAAUGUAAUUUAACCUUGAUUUAAACUAAUUUAAGCCAUUUGCAUAUGACAUCACAACUCCAAAAAAAAAGAGAAAAAAAAAACAUUGACACUGAUUGUACUGGUUGAAGUGAAAUAGCUAUAAGAAGAUGAUAUUUGAUAGAUGACACCCAUUAUAUAUUUUCUAUGAUAUAGUCUAUUUUGAGAGGUAAAUUUAGUGAAUGGCUCUUUGAGAGUACGGCAUCAGCUCAUGUUGAGAUAGAACUUCUGUGAAUGUUAGAGUACUUUAGCUGUUUAGAAGCAUUAAUACACAAUUUAUCAUUCAUCCAUUUGUUCAGAAAUCAAUCCAUCCUCUGCUCCAUGUGCUGAGCGGUAGCACAGACCUCCUCAGACCCCACCGCAGGUGGGAGGUUAAAUUAUGCAACGACCCCGGUAGAAUGUUGUUCUGAUGUAUGAAUUAAUUUCCUACGUCACUUCCUCCUCUUCGCUCAUGGCAUCACCCUCCAUUAGUCUAUGUAUAACUGGGAUCAAGUGAGUGUGUGCGUGUGUGUGUGUGUUUGUGUGAGUGUGUGCACGCAUGUAUGUGGGGCGGGGGGGUGAGGAUGUUUGGAACAUGGGGCCAUGCCUCUGUGGUACGUGCCCAAAUCGCUGUGGCUCACUUUCUCCCCCCGUAGCGCCUUAUAGUGGCAGCCUGCCAAUAGGAAACCAACAGCCAGUAGUGUAGGAGGGAAGGCCAAGUGAGGAACAAGGCUCUUGUCAUUUUUCAUUUUCUCCUGAAGAUGUGUUUGUUUACUAUCUGAGAAUCUAUAAAUCUUUAAAGACAAAAAAAGAUUAAAAAAAAAAAUGUUCACUGGACCAAGCUGGUCUCUCCUAUUUAUGUUAUUACUUAACUAUCAAUUAUUGAUUAUUGUUAUUAUGAUUACUAUUAUUCUUAUUAUUCUUAUUAUUAAUCAAAUUACUGCGAUGAAUGACUUCAUGUUAUCCUUGCUAGUUUAGGUCAUUUCUGAAACUGGAAAACAAAAUAUGGAAAAAAAAAAAAUCUUGCUGUAAAUGUUUUUUUCUUUUUCAUAAACUGUUGUGUUUGAAUUAUUUGUACUUUUGAAUGUUGGGACAAUAAAAUGAGGUGUUGAAAGCUG